AUGGCCGAAAACAAGUUCCUCAAAAUUGACCGUGACAGCUUCCCUUACAUCUUUAUGAAAAAUGUGGACAUUCCACUAAAGACGUACGAGAAGGGAAUCCUCCGGUGCAAUGUCUAUCUUCCUAAGGAUGCUUCUCCUUUCGGGUCUAUGACUUACCCGGUUAUUGCCACCUACGGCCCUUGGGAGCUCGACACCAUGUCUCGCGGCACCAGUGAGGCUUUUUUCGAUGUCAUUGAGUGGGCGUCAGAGCAGGAAUGGUCUUCCAGCAAGGUAGCCUUGCUGGGGAUCAGUUACUACGCAGGCACCCAGUGGCGAGUGGCCGCACGUCAGCCAAAAGGACUGUCAGCUAUUAUUCCCUGGGAAGGCAUGAGUGACUACUAUCGCGACCGGACUUCUGGUGGCACAACGGUGUUCAGCCAAAUCAGUACGGAAUGCCCGGUCGAGCCGCUCGAAAAUGGGGCGAUGAUACCCUCGAAGGAGACCCCACACCCGGAGGCAUUGGUUUCCAAUCGUCGCGACCAGACUAAGGACACUGCAGCCCACAAGUAUAUGGACGAGGAAUACUACAAAUCGAGGAACUUUGACCUUUCUAGCAUCCAAGUUCCUCUUCUGAGCGUUGCAAACUGGACUUCAAUUGUCCUUCUUGAUGCGUUCCUCAAGGACAAUGACUACGACGGCUGGAAGUCGGGCCAGCAGCCUCGUGUCAAUGUCUGCCUGCGCAAGGGUGACUGUGGAGUUGACGAUCCUGAGCGGGAACUGAAUUUCCCCAGUCGUGCCGAGAGCGACUGGCCUAUCCCAGACACCCAAUCUACUCCUGACGCUCCCUCUCCAACCGAGAUUGACUUGUUCGUAACCCUACGCAAGCUAGAUGCCGAAGGGAAAGAAGUCUUCUACACCGGUACUAUGGGGGAUCCCGUGCCUAUUGCAAAGGGUUGGCUACGUACAUCGCUACGGAAGGUCAACGCCAAUCACCCAUUCCAUCAAGAUAUCUUGCCUUACCGCGACUACUUCAGCAGUGAUGUGCAGCCCGUCAAGGAAGGCGAGAAGUAUGGAGGUUGA